GGCCCAGCAGGUGCAAUGCGCAAGCGCUCUCCAGCAUGGCGGCCCCGGAGGAUUUCCAGCCUUUCGGAAGAUAGUGCGCAGGCUCCGCAGUUCCCGAUAUACCAUCGAGAACUUCCCAAUGGGAACGUCCUUUGGAGGUUGUUGUCCCGCCCACUAUGCCCUCCUUACUUCCUCUUCCGCCUGCAGUGCAGAUCCAAGAUGGUGGCAGCCGCGGUACGCGCGCCCGGGCUGUCGCGGUUGCUGGGCCGGGCCCGCCCACAGGUGGGGCGGCCCAUGUCGAGCGGCGCCCACGGAGAGGAGGGCUCAGCUCGCCUGUGGAGGGGCCUCACCUUCAUCGUGGCGCUGCCCGGGGUGGCGGUGAGCAUGCUCAAUGUUUUCCUUAAGUCGCGACACGGAGAGCACGAGAGACCCGAGUUCAUCGCCUACCCGCAUCUCCGCAUCAGGACCAAGCCCUUUCCUUGGGGAGAUGGUAAUCAUACCCUCUUCCAUAACCCUCAUGUGAAUCCGCUUCCAACUGGCUAUGAAGAUGAGUAAAAAGAACCUGGACCUUCACCCAGGCAACAGGGGCCACAACACUGGUUUGGACCAUUACUCUGCACGUGGACCAGAAAAGUGUAUGGGACGUUAAGCUCAUCUUCCCUUGUAUCAAAUGGUGACCAUUAUACUGAGCUUUCAUUCCAUCCCUUUACUUGUGGGAGGAGAUGGCUUAAAUAAAUAACUUAAACUUAGA